UGGUCCUGCGAGCGGCGGAGCCGCGCCUCGCCAUGGUGCUGGAGCUCUACCUGGAUCUGCUCUCGGAGCCCUGCAGGGCGGUCUUCCUCUUCGCCAAAAAGAACAACAUCCCCUUCAUGAUGAAGAGCAUCGAGAUGCUGAAGGGACAACAGUUCAGUGAGGAAUUUAACAAGGUGAUCAUCCUGAGAAAAGUGCCAGUUCUAAAGGAUGGAGAUUAUACCUUAGAAGAAUGCACAGCCAUUCUUCUCUACCUGACCAGGAAGUACAACACACCCAGUCACUGGUACCCACCUGAUAUGAAGAAGCGAGGCCGGGUUGAUGAGUACCUGGCCUGGCAACAUACCACCAUCCGGGCCAGUGCUUCCAAAAUCUUGUGGCUCAAGGUGGUGAUCCCCCUCUUCCUUGGUCAGCAAAUACCCCCAGAAAAGCUGCAUGAUGCAGUGGAGGACCUGAACCUUGCCCUGCAAAAGCUGGAGGAGAAGUUCCUGCAGGACAGACCCUUCAUCAUUGGCACAGAAAUCUCCCUGGCUGACCUGGUAGCCAUUGUGGAGCUCAUGCAGCCCAUGGGAGCUGGCUGGGAUGUCUUUGAAGGGCGCCCUAAACUUCAGGAGUGGUGCAAAAGGGUUGAGGUAGCCCUGGGAAAGGAGCUCUUCAUGGAAGCACAUUCACGGAUCCUGAACACCCAGGAGCUGAGGAACAUCAGCAUUGACCCACCACUGAAAGCCCAGAUGAAGCCUAUACUCUUGAAGAUGCUGAAAUAAACUUAGCUCAUCCCUGCA